UUUUAGUUUUAGGCGACAAAACCAAACAUCUCCUCAUCUCUACCAUGAUGUCACUCCACUCCUCCGCCAUUAAAGCCUCUCUCCACCGCUCGUUUCCUUCGUCGUUAAGAUCAACACUCUCUGUUUCCUUCUCUGCUGGAUCUCUUAUUCGGUUUCCCGCCGCUGGAAACCGCGUUCUCUCCGUAGUCGCUACCUCUGGAAGAGACUCCUCCAUGUCAUCAAACAAUGAUUCUCGCGGAUCAUCUUCAAAGGUUGCUGCUGAAUCUUUCUUCAGGAGUGUGUUAGGGCAGAUGGAGACUGUUUACCUAAAUCGAAACCCAACUCCUAAAUCCGUCUUGGAACUUGUUCGAUCCGUUGAUGAUGAGCAACUUUGCUAUGAUCAUCUCGCUUUCAGAACUUUUGGGAUUGGUGGUUAUGGGAUUGACUCGCUUGCAAGCUUUUUCCUUGACUAUGGGUAUACUCCAAUGGAUGAGCUCAAGUUUCCGGCUAAAAAGCUUAGAGCUCUGUGGUUUGCACCUCCUGAUGUUUCUGCUGUUCCUGGUGGAAGCGGCGUUAACGGUCCUUUACCAAGAGUUUUUAUCUCAGAGCUCCUUGUGGACCAGAUGAGUUCACAGACUCAGGAUGUGAUCAGAAAAUACACGGAAGCAUCGCCCAAUGGGAAAAAGUAUGCUGCUCUUUCAAGUGCUUUGGGUACUUUAACUUGGGAAAAGCCUCUGUCUUCUGAGUUUGAGCAAUUGGCUAGGGAAAGUGAAUACGCAGCAUGGACCCUUGUCAAUGGCUAUGCACUUAACCACGUCACAAUUUCUGUCCAUCGGCUUAAAUCUCAUCUAAACAAAAUCAAGAAGCUCAAUCAGUUCCUUGAAGAAAAAGGUAUCAAAUUGAACUCAGAAGGAGGAGUCCUCAAAGUUAGCCCUGAUGGUGGUUUGCAGCAAAGCUCAACUGUAGCAGAUUCGAUAUCUUUCAAGUUCUCUGAUGGAGUCACCAAAUCUAUCCCUUGUUCAUACAUUGAGUUUGCUGAACGCCUUGUGCUUCCCCAGUACCAAAAUGUCCCCGAAAGCGAGAUACGAGAGUCUCAUCGACGCGAUGGCUUUGAGGUUGGAAAUGCUGACAAGAUCUUCGAGAGCACAUUUCAGGAGCAGCUUUCUCGACGUACCGGGUGAUGGCAAAUAGCCACGGCUUUGGCAAUAUGUCAAUCAUGCCUCGUACAUAUAUGUAGCAAAUAAGAGCUGAAAUUGUUUGUAAUGUUGAUCAGUAAAGAUGCUAAUCCAAG